UCUCCUGUCCUCAUCUUCUCUCUCCUGUCCUCGUCCCCUCUCUCUCCUGUCCUCGUCCCCUCUCUCUCCUGUCCUCGUCUUCUCUCUCCUGUCCUCGUCCCCUCUCUCUCCUGUCCUCAUCUUCUCUCUCCUGUCCUCAUCUUCUCUCUCCUGUCCUCGUCCCCUCUCUCUCCUGUCCCAGUUCUCUCUCUCUCGCUCCUGUCCUCGUCCCCACUCUCUUUUGUCCUCUUUUUCUCCUGUCCUCAUCCUCCCUCUUUCUCCUAUCCUCGUCUUCUCUUCUGUCCUCUUUCUCUUGUCCUCAUCCUCUCUCUCUUGUCCUCGUCUUCUCUGCUGUCCUCAUCCUCCCUCUUUCUCCUGUCCUCAUCCUCCCUCCCUCUUUCUCCUGUCCUCUUUCUCUCUCUCUUGUCCUUGUCCUCUCUUCUGUCCACUUUCUUCUGUCCUCAUCCUCUCUCCUGUCCUCAUCCUCCCUCUUUCUCCUGUCCUCACCCUCUCUCUCUCCUGUCCUCGUCCUUUCUCCCUCUUUUUCCUGUCCUCAUCCUCUCUCCCUCUUUCUCCUGUGCUCGUCCUCCCCUCCCUCCCUCCCUCUUUCUCCUGUCCGCGUCCUCCCCCUCUCUCCUGUCCGCGUCUUCCCUCUCUCUCCUGUCCUCAUCCUCCCUCUUUCUCCUGUCCUCAUCUUCCCUCUUUCUCCUGUCUGCGUCCUCUCUCUCCUGUCCUCAUCCUCUCUCUCUCCUGUCCUCAUCCUCUCUCUCUCUCUCUCUCCUGUACUUGUCCUCUGUCUAUCCAGUCUGUGGUAGAGGAUGACAGCAGAGGGGUCCACCGAAGCGGUCAAUGCCGUCUGCACCCAAGACUCCUCCCACUCACCUAAAACAACCUGCCCACAAACCACAUGGCCCUGCCCACAGAAGGAUGAGCUCGAAGUCAGACUCCGCCUCCGCUCCCCUCCUGGGGCGUGGCUACUAGCGGGCGUUGUCGUGGUGAUGGUGGGAAUGUUUGUGGCCGUGGCCGGGUACGCUAGCUCCACCCCUAACCCUGUGGGUGGGCGAGGCAGCUCCCACAGCGAGCGAAUGAAACUGCUCGGCCCUGUCGUCAUGGGCAUCGGCCUGUUCAUCUUCAUCUGUGCUGGAACCCUGUUGUAUGAGAACCGGGACCGCGAGAACCGAGAGCGUGAGAACCUUGAGAACCCUGAGGAGCAGGGGAAACAUAAACAGAAGAAAACAAGGGAUUGGCGCCGGGAGAACCGUGAUUGUGAGGAUGUGGAACAGGGGAACCAGAGAGAGCCCUCAGACAGACACUCCCCUCUCCCUGAGGAGUGCCCGCCCCCCCUGCCUCCCAGAGUGCCUAGACAGGAGGGGUCAGAGUUGAACGUUCUCUCUGUGGGGGCGCUGAGCUCACUGCUACCAGGGGAGGGACAGGGGCGUGAAGAGAGAGUCAGAGAGGUGGGGGGUAAAGGGGGGUCAACCCUGCUGACCAGAGUCCUGCACCACCAGGACCCCCCCUCCUCCUGUCCCUCCCCAGCUCCCUCCUCUGUGUACCCUGACUCCUGUAACUCCAGUGAGAUCAACUAUAACGUUCAGACAGGCUCCCCUAUCCACUCUAUUCUCCAACUCUGACAUACUACUGUACUCAAAUCAAAUUUAUUUAUAUAGCCCUUCGUACAUCAGCUGAUAUCUCAAAGUGCUGUACAGAAACCCAGCCUAAAACCCCAAACAGCAAGCAAUGCAGGUGUAGAAGCACGGUGGCUAGGAAAAACUCCCUAGAAAGGCCAAAACCUAGGAAGAAACCUAGAGAGGAACCAGGCUAUGUGGGGUGGCCAGUCCUCUUCUGGCUGUGCCGGGUGGAGAUUAUAACAGAACAUCACAUCUGUACACGCUUUUCUAAAUAAAUGCACCACAUAUUUCUCCAUCUCUGUGGUUUCUAUAGGCUGUAGAUGCAGUGGAGUGUGUUGGGCAUCUCUCUCUACCCCUCUAGGACGGGCAGGGCCAGGCGGAGACAGGGCUAGGUGACGUCAGCUUGUUGUUGUGUAGUAAAGUCUCUCUCAGGGGUGUUUGACUGUAUUUGGACUUAGGAGAGGAUUCCACUGCAGACAGUGACUGUGGUGCCAUCCUGAAUGAUGCACGUACACACACUAUCAUAGCAAUGAAAACAAAAUUAAUGCCUUCUCAUAGCCACCCCACAUUUCCCGCUCAGCCCAGUCAAAACUGUUCGCUGCUCUGGCCCCCCAAUGGUGGAAUAAACUCCCUCACGACGCCAGGACAGCGGAGUCAAUCACCACCUUCCGGAGACACCUGAAACCCCACCUCUUUCAGGAAUACCUAGGAUAGGAUAAAGUAAUCCUUCUCAC